AUGGAACUAAAUUCGAGUAUGGAACGUCUUGAAGCUCUCGCUGUACUUGAUAAAUUUGCCGCGACACGGCAAAAGAAAUUUGUUUCCACACUUCCUAUUAUUCGAGGAGUAAAUGAUGGAAGUAGUAGUGAUAAAGAAUUAAUUCCGAUUGUCGAGACCGAGAUUGUUCCUGAAGGUCACGACCAACAUGUAGCGGAAAUCGUACGCCAACAUAUCGAUUAUCCGUCACCACCAGUUGAUUGUAACUCAUUUUUUACCAGAGACGCUUACGAAAAAUAUUCAUUUUAUUCAUUUCGUCGAACAUGCGAGAUUUUUUCUAUGCAACAAGAAAAAAAAGAUAUAUCAGUUCAAAAACCUGAUAACGUUAUUGAUAAAUCACAAAUUAAUGAGCAAAUCACGAGUCCAAUUAAAAGUGAUGAUGACUUGAUUAUGGAUGAUCAAUGUAGUGAAGAAGAAUCCUAUGAGAUAAAAACAAAGCCAAAAAUUACUGUGCAGUCUGAGUCAAUUAAAGUUAUAUCAGAAAAGCGAGCUGAAGAAGUUAUAUCAGAAAAGCGAGCUGAAGAAGUUGAAUCACAAGAAUCUGUAGAUGUAAUUGGUCCAUUCUUACAAUUGCUUGAUCAACAAAGAAAGCAAUUAGAAAAAUCCAAUGCAAUUCGAAAUGUUAACAAUUCUGCACCAGUAUCACCCGUUACGGAUAGAAGGGCUUCAAAUGUUUCAGAUACCUCAAGUACAUCAACAACAUUCAAAACCCACUUUUCUUCAAUGUCUGAAGAAGAACAUCUCAAAUACCUUCAACUUAAAACACUUGCUACGACUAGUCCUACUUUGAUAUCUGAACAAGACAGGAAUUUUCUUUUAAACAUGAAUGAACGUAUUCAAAAAGAGAGAGAAGAAUAUAUUAAAUGGCAAUAUGAUAGAGCUCAAACUCGACUUUCAUUCUUAAAUCAAAAUAUAGCUGAUCAUCACCAUCUUACAUUCGGUAGACAACACGUUAUUAAAGAAUAUCCGCGCUUUUAUGAGCUUAUGUUUACAAUAGGCCUUGCACUUCCACCUCCAGGCCCUGGGGAACCUACAUUAAAGUUUAAGCAAACAAUAAAAGCAACUGGAACAUGCUAUAAUUUUAGUCUUCAACCAUUAUCAAAACCAAUACCAAUAUCUAGAGUCAAGGAAUAUUGGAUACAUGAUAAGGUUUCUGAUACGAUUAAUGCUAGCAAUUCAACUGAUUUGUUAAAUAGUUCAAAUCUAAAGGAAGACGUAGAAAACGAUAAGAGUAAAACCAAAAUAAGUGAUAAUGACAAUGACGGAAAAAAGACAGUUCCGCCUGCAGAUUAUUGGCAAAAAAUGUGUAUGCCAGCAGUUAGCAAAGAUCCAUUGAUCCAAUCAAUGGUAACUCAACACAAAGUCGACAUAGUCAUAUCCUCAAGUGGACUUUGUGCUCUUGUGUCACUACAAGCAUCUUCAGACGUUGAACUCGAGAUACCUAUUUGCGUUACUGAGUCUGAAGCAGAAAAUUCUAUCCUUAAAACCAUAUAUAUUGAUAAACCUCUAGUGAAAAAACGUUUGACACCUAGGCAACGAAAUCAACUCUUUUACGAUGUGGCAUUCGAAAGUCUUGCUUUGAAACAAGGCAUUGAUAUUAAAAAUGUCUUACAUCCAUCAGAGGAAAGUUCGUACGAUGGACCUAUGAAUGAGGGGAUCAUCGAUACAAAUAAUUCUGAGAAAUCAAGUGAUAUUCAUUCAGGAAAUUCAUUAUAUAACCUUUGGAGUUUUGGUGAUAUAAAUAUGUUGAUACGUUGUAAAGCUCAUGGAUUUAUUCAAGAACCUGAUACGGAUAAGAAAAUUCGUAUUGUAGGAAUAAAAACCAAAUUGGAAUACCAAUUGGAUGUUGGCUACGAAGAUAUUACAAAUCUUGAAAGAGCUCGAUGGUGGAUUUAUACUUUUAUCAGAAAUAAUGCACAUUUAAUGCUUGGUAGAGUUAAUGUAUUAAACAAUGAAUUAUGGACUAUUGAAAAAAAGAGAAUGGCUGAUAUAAUUCCGGACGGAAAUUGGCCAAGACCUCACAGCAAGAUGCUUCACUAUAUUUUAAAGAAAUUGCAAAGCCUCCCUAAAGGGUCAUAUUUAUUUUCCCAUUUGAAAGGAGAACCACAUGCCACGGUCACAACACAUUUAUAUGAUCUACAUAAAGCACAUUCCCAAUCACCUCUUUUAGACUUGGAAACGAUACCAUUUAUACCAAUGCAAUGGAAUGGGCCCCCUAAUCAAAUUCCUUCCACAUUUCCUAUUAGACCGACUGAUAAAAGACCUUUUUACUGUUUUGAGUUUCUUAGAACUGGAAAUUGUAGCAAUUUAGAUUGUUCUUUCCCGCAUCUUACGAGAGAGGAAUGUGAAGAUACUGGUGUUGUAACCAAUUACUGCUUCGUAUUUGCAGAUACGGGAAGGUGUGAUAACCGUAACGAUGAAUUAGACAUGCAAAAAUCGUCAGUGCCUUCUAAACAUAAAACGCCAUCAGCACCAAAGAAAUCGUCUAAAAAGAAAAAAUCCAAUACAGCUGAUGAUCUUUUAUACAUUGCAAAUAAUAUAAUUGCACCAGAUUUAGAUGACAUGUCCGUUAUAGAAAAUAAGGAAUCUAGCGCUAAACCUGAUUUUGAUGCACUGCUCAAAGGAUUCAACCAAUAA